CUGCGCUUCGAAUCGGCGGCUAUGUUCAGUUCAAAUGCCUGGACGCUCGCUUUUUGAAACGAAACUUUGUUGCUUGCUAGGAAAUAUGUCUAAGUUCAAAGUUCAGAGUCACCAACAUGGUAUAGAUCAGUCUCUGAUGGCUGCUAGGAACCUAAAGGUCGUACCGGUCGGUGCAUGGGUAGAAGGGGGCCCACAGCAGUCUGCUGCGCCGAUAUUUGACCCUAUGCUUGCAGCAGUUCACGAAGAAGAGAGGCUUCGACGACUGACCAGAGAGAAAGAGGCGAGGCUGAAACAGUUCCAGAGGGAGGUACGGAGAAGGGUACAAGAGCUGAGGCUCCAGAAGAUGGAAGAGCAGCUACAGGACAACUCGCGAAUGGUGGACUCAGAGAGGAACAUGGUGUACCAGACUGUUCUAGCUGCUGAGAGGGUGACACCAAAGCGAGACCGGCGCCCAUUCCGACACAACCAGAACCUGGCCCCGCCCUCUCCCCACGGCAUCGCGCCUGGCAUCAACAGGGACGCUGUCUGUACUGGGGAACGUCACGAAGACCAGUUUGAGAACCAAUGUCAUCAAGUGAGACGGAGUACCAGACAGGCGAGGAGGAACCUGGCCAGCAGACAGGUGGUGCAGAAGGAGAACUUUGGGGAUGACUAUGAUGUCCCAGCCGGUUUGUGGGGGGCCUCACCUACCAGAGAUCACCAGUCCAAAUUUUCCCAAGAAGUGCCUGAAGUAAUAGAACUUGAGGAUGAACUGGAAACAUCCAGGCAUCCAGGUGUCCAUGCAGAGGGCAGGCAUGGGUUUGAGGACCUUGAUACAAAACAACCAGCCUCUUCAGUUCCAGAUGUCAGACCUGGUUUAGCUGCAUUACAGACACAACAGCAGAAGCAGAGUAGGUACUGGCUGUCCCGACGUCUGUUUAUGGACAUUGAGCGUCACCAGGUGAAGGAACGGGCGCAGCAGGAGCAGCACAGGAGGAGGAUCAACAGAAUCAAACAGAAGACAGAGUGUGCCCGUCGUGAGGAGGAGGCCAUCCUGGCUGUGACCCUGGCCCAGGAACAGGCAUCAUCAGACACAACCCAGCGGGGCAGUCCUGACAGGAGCACCUCAUCACUAGAGGACAGCAGGAGGGAGCAGAGACAUAAGGAGCUGGACAGAUACGUGGAAGCCCUGAGAGCGAGACUGUGUGAGAAGGUAGAACAGCAGAACAUCAGGGUUCCUCCACUCUGCUCAUGUGGCCCGACUGUGUGGGACACCAACCCUAACACAUGUGCCAACAACUGUAUGUUCUACAAUUCAGUGCAAAGUGGCUACCCUAGCAUGCUGUACAAGGUUAAGGUUACUAGGUAA